CUCUAGAAUUUAGAUGCGCAUUUUCAUAAUUUCUCAGUAAUAAUUUAGACUUUAUUUUUAUUCUAUUGAUUAGAAUUCUAUUCUUCUGGUGAUAAGAUAAAACAAUAGUACAACAGUUAAUCUCCUAAUAGUUGACAUAUUGAAACUACACAUGAAUUAUCAAACUCUACAAAGUUAAUCGUUUAAAUUACAUUUCCAUUCACUUAGUAACUUGUAAUGUGUUCAUUUUAAUACCAAGAAAGCACCAUUUUUGUUUUCGUCUCACUGGCCUAUCAAUUUUCAAUCUUCAACUGGUGACAUAAUCAUUUUUGGUGACAUCUACAGAUUUUCAUGAUUAGUGAUUUCAAUUUAUAUAUUUAGUAUAAAUACUUAAUCAACAAACCAAUCAAGAAACAAUUGUUACAUUUACUUGACGAUUAUAGACAACAUAUUAUGCCUUAAAAUUUAAUUGAAAAAUGGCUUCGAUGCAGUUUUAAUUCAAUGACAUGACCAACAUUUAUUAUAAUAAUCUAUUACAGAAAAGAUUACAGAGAGAAUUAAAAUCAAUUCAAACUGAACCACCACCAGGAGUUAGUAUUAAUCAAAAUAGUAUUGGAUCAAGCUUAACACAAUGGACGGUUGAUAUGGAAGGAGCUUCUGGGACUCUCUAUGAAGGCGAAAAAUUUCAAUUACAAUUUAAAUUUAGUUCUAAAUAUCCUUUCGAUUCACCAGAAGUUACUUUCAUUGGUUCCAAUAUCCCAAUUCACCCUCAUGUAUAUAGUAAUGGGCACAUUUGUCUCUCCAUUCUGACCGAGGAUUGGUCUCCAGCUCUUUCAGUUCAAUCUGUUUGUCUCAGUAUCGUCUCUAUGCUUUCAAGUUGCACGGAAAAAAAGAGGCCUCCGGAUAAUUCGUUGUAUGUUAAAACUUGCAGUAAAAAUCCAAAGAAAACAAAAUGGUGGUAUCAUGAUGAGAAAGUUUAGGAAAUAUAAUUGAUUAAAAUCUUGCAAACAAUUAA